UUCUUAACGCACGUGACAAAGGAUAAUCUUAAAACUUAGUGUUUUAAUUAAGUUAUAAGUUUUUACAACUGUCAAUAAAAUAUAAUCAUAUUAUUGAGUAAUAAAAAAACGAAAAUUUCCUUUCAAUGUGGAAGCAUCUGUUAAACAAAAUGGCAGACGAAAUGAAAGAACGUUUGGAAAAAAGAAGAGACGAAAGACUGUUGGAGAUAGAGAAAAAGAGAAAAGAAAAAGCCGAUCAAUUGAGGGAAGAGGAAGACCCGAAAUUUAUUCUUUUGAAAUUUACUCGAGAAAAGAAGAUCAAAGAAAUAUUACAAAACUGUAAUGGACUUCGACAAUGUACUUUGCAAGAGAGAUUAGACGAAGCGACAAAACAAACUCAAAAGCUUCAGCUGCUCUUUACCGAUUCCUUUGCGUUUUUGCCACCUUAUGAUACUAAAAAUAUGCAAGCAGAAAUAAAGGAUUUACAGCGAGACUUGCACGAUAAAAAGACUAGCUUAGUUCCAAAGAAAAAGUUUGCUUUUAGCAAGAAACAUGAAGUCGUAAAUAAAAGUAUAACAACUGAUAAUAGACAGGAUUCAAGAAAAGGCAAAGUUGUAAAGAGUGAAGAAGGAAACGAAGUGUUAAAAGAGCAAAGUAUCAUAAAAUUUGAGGAAGAGUUGACGGAGAAAGAUAUUCGCUUUUCUCAUAUGCAAAAUUGUGUUUUGAAACUUUAUGGUUCGCCAUCAGCACUGCAUCUUGAGAAAUUAGAAUCCUGCAAAGUAUUCUGUGGGCCAGUUAGUGGCUCGGUAUUCAUCAAUGAUUGUAAAGAUAGCGUAUUUGUGUUUCCAUGCCAACAGUUGCGAAUACAUAACACAAUUUCUUGCCAUUUCUAUGUUCACGUGACCAGUAGGUCAAUAAUUGAAGAUUCUGCCGAUCUUGGUUUUGCAGAGUUCAACUGGUGCUAUGAGAACUUGUCCUGCCAUUUUCAGCGCAGCAGGCUGGAUCCAUCCAAAAAUAACUGGCAAUCCGUGGACGAUUUUAAUUGGUUAAGAACUGGAGAAAGUUCUCCCAACUGGUUUAUUUUAAGCAAAGAAACUAAGGUUUCCUCGUGGGAUUAACUCUGUAAAACGAAAUUUUUCAUGUAGCUACUCAUGAAAAUGCUGUUCUGCAAAAGAUGGCAAUGUCAUAUAGUCGAAAUACGUGAAAUAAUAAUGUUUUUAAGCAAGAGAUCGCGGUCAUCAUAUAUGGUGAUGGCAUUGUUUUGUAGUUAUUCUUCACGGUUGAUGGACGACGAAGCGUGCUUAUAGUUCGAGUGCAAGUGACAAAAUCGUUUCAUUUGACGUUUCAUCUGGCUCAAUUUCUCAUUCUGUAAAAUAUAACGUAAUAUCAAAUGACAUGAUAUACAUAUUAAAGGACAGCAGAACAAAAA